CUCAUAUAGUGCCGACUGAGGGGGAGCUGCUUCGUCUGCGGGGUUGUAUAUAAACGGUCCUCCGUAGUUCCGAGGCAUUCGCUAGCGCCAAUAUCUCCUGCAUGAGCCUCGGUGGGUUUGAUGCACGACCGGCAGCCGGAUCGCCGUCGAUUUGCAUCCCCCGCAAUGCUCCGAGGCUCGGCUGAGACCGCUACGAGAAUGGGGUGAUUUAUUAAGGUAAGAAAUGUCGCGAAUUUUGGUAAAACAGUUUGACAACGGGACAUAAAAGAGCAAGCUCCCAUUCACGAAGUUCGCAACGUAGCUGUUCCACUGUUCUCAUCUUUCUCGAUUGAUAACCAAAGGCGAGAAACCAGCACAGAUCACGUCACAUAGAAGCACAAAAUGGCAGACGUCUUUGCCAAGCUCCAGGACAAGAGCCUGCUGGUCUCUUCCGGUCUCGUCGCCGGGGAGUGGAAGAAUGGUCAGGAUGGCAAGACUUUCCCCGUGUACGAGCCAUCAAGCGCAACAGUUCUGCAAGAGUGCGCCAACUUGAGCCGGCAAGACUUCGUCGACGCCAUUGAGAGCGCAAAGAAGGGAUCAGCCAAGUUUCACGAGUCAACAACAGCAAAAGAGCGAGGCGCUCUGUUAAGAAAAUGGUUCGAUUUGGUCAUUGCCAACGCUGACGACUUGGCCUUGAUUCUGUCUUUGGAGAAUGGCAAGACCUUUGCCGAGGCCAGAGGUGAGGUGGUCUACGCCGCUUCUUUCAUCUCUUGGUUCGCCGAGGAAGCGACACGGUCAUACGGCGAUACCAUUCCUUCAUCAUACGCCAACACCACUGUAUUCACAUUCAAGGAGCCCGUGGGCGUCUGCGGCAUCAUUACCCCGUGGAACUUCCCAGCAGCCAUGAUCACACGCAAGAUCGCCCCAGCCUUUGCAGCGGGAUGCUCAGUCAUUAUCAAGCCUCCAAGCGAAACCCCCUUCAGCGCUCUUGCCCUGGCCAAGUUGGCACUCGCUGCUGGCAUCCCGUCUGAUAUCAUCCACGUGGUACCGACCAAGGACAGAGAGGCGUCGAUGGAACUCGCCAACAACCCUAUCGUGAAGAAGCUUAGUUUCACUGGGUCAACAGGGGUCGGCAAGAUGCUCACCAAGGCUGCGGCGGGCACGAUGAAGCGCGUGAGCAUGGAGUUGGGGGGUAAUGCCCCGUUCAUCGUGUUUGACGAUGCGGAUCUUGACCAGGCGGUUGAGGGUGCCUUGAUUUGCAAGUUCAGAUGUUCCGGUCAGACCUGCGUGUGCGCAAAUAGACUGCUCGUCCACGAGGCAGUCAAGGACCAGUUCAUCGAGAAACUCGUCGCCCGCGUAAAGCAGUACAAACUUGGCCGUGGAAUCGACGAGGGCAUCACACAAGGCCCCCUCGUCAACGCCGCAGCCGUACAGAAGGUGGACGCUCAUGUACAAGAUGCGCUGAAGAAGGGUGCAGUGCUCCACACGGGCGGUAAGACGCCGGAGGGGCUCAAGGGAUACUUCUACGAGCCUACGGUGAUCAGCGAAGUCACGACCGACAUGGAGGUCGCAAACGACGAGACCUUUGGCCCUCUCGCGGCCAUCUUCUCUUUCAAGACAGAAGCAGAGGCCGUCGAGCUGGCGAAUGCCACAGAGUACGGCCUCGCGGGCUACUUCUUCAGCAAGGAUAUCUCUCGAGUCAUGCGUGUAGCGAGGCGGUUGGAGUGCGGCAUGCUGGGCGUCAACACCGGUCUCAUCAGCGCUGCGGAGGCGCCGUUUGGUGGUGUGAAGGAGAGUGGACUUGGUCGGGAGGGCAGCAAGUAUGGACUGGCAGAGUACCAGAACAUCAAGUCUGUCACGAUUGGCAACCUUGGCUUCAACUGAAGAGUCAUGCGUGCUGGCUUCUGAUAGUGGGCAAAUAUGGGGUUUUGGCUGGGCGUUUACUCUGAUGACAUCUUCUAUAGGUUGGCAUAUUGGCACAAAACAAAAAGUUCGAGGUUCUGAUUCAAGUGUUUAUCCCAUCUUUGCGCCGUUUGAUACCGCAUGAUGACGUCCGUGAACACACAGUUCCACCUCGCGCUGAUCUCCCCAUGCACAGACGAAGCUAGAGUCAGCUUACCCCGUGCUGUUGCCACGCGUGUUUUCCUGAUUUGAUUUGGUUGAAAGUUGUAAUUAGACUCUUUACGAGCAAUUAAAGAGAUGGGGUAAAAAAAAUCUAAUCUCCCU